AUGUCUCACCGUCUGGAAGGAAAGGUAGCUAUCGUCACCGGAGGCGCAUCCGGAUUCGGCAAGGGCAUCGCCACAAAGUUCAUCCAAGAGGGCGGCAAGGUCAUCAUCGCCGACCUCUCCGCAGAGGCCGGAGAAGCGGUGGCCAACGAGCUUGGCUCCUCAGCUUCUUUCCAGAGAGCCGAUGUAACCAAGAGGGAGGAGUGGGAGCAGUUGCUCAAGACGGCGACUGACAAGUUCGGCGGCCUGGAUGUCGUUGUGAACAACGCUGGCACCACAUACCCGAACAAGCCCACGGAGCAGGUGACAGACAAGGACUUUGACGCUUGCUUCACCGUCAACGUCAAGUCCAUCUACCUUUCCACGAACGUCUUAUUGCCCUAUUUCCUAGAGAGCGGGCGCCCUGGGUCCUUCAUCUCCCUGGCAUCAACAGCGGGAGUGAGACCACGACCGGGCCUGGCGUGGUACAACGCGUCCAAGGCAGCAGUCAUCAACGCUACGAAGUCGAUGGCUGUCGAAUAUGGACCGAAGCAGAUCAGAUUCAACUCCAUCUCUCCGGUCUUCGGCAGUGGCACGGGCUUGUAA